CCCCCAGCAGGCGGGCGGUGCUGUGCGGCGGGCUCCUCUCGGUGCCUAGGUUUGGGCGGUCGGCCUGGAAUCGCUCAGACUCGCUGAGUCCGGGCUGGGUGUACAGGCGGCGGCGGCGGCGGCAGCGGCGGAAGGAUGAACAGCAUCAAGAACGUGCCGGCGCGGGUGCUGAGCCGCAGGCCGGGCCACAGCCUGGAGGCCGAGCGCGAGCAGUUCGACAAGACCCAGGCCAUCAGCAUCAGCAAAGCCAUCAACACCCAGGAAGCCCCUGUGAAGGAAAAGCAUGCCCGGCGCAUCAUUCUGGGCACUCACCACGAGAAGGGGGCCUUCACUUUCUGGUCCUAUGCCAUCGGUCUACCUCUUCCCAGCAGCUCCAUCCUCAGCUGGAAGUUCUGCCAUGUCCUCCACAAGGUCCUUCGAGACGGGCACCCCAAUGUGCUGCACGACUGCCAGCGGUACCGGAGCAACAUUCGGGAGAUUGGAGACCUGUGGGGGCAUCUGCAUGACCGCUAUGGACAGCUAGUGAACGUGUACACCAAACUCUUGCUGACCAAGAUCUCCUUCCACCUCAAGCACCCCCAGUUUCCUGCGGGCCUGGAGGUGACAGACGAGGUGCUGGAGAAGGCGGCUGGCACUGACGUCAACAACAUCUUUCAGCUCACCGUGGAGAUGUUUGAUUACAUGGAUUGUGAGCUGAAGCUCUCCGAAUCAGUGUUCCGGCAGCUCAACACGGCCAUUGCUGUGUCCCAGAUGUCCUCGGGCCAAUGCCGCCUGGCGCCCCUCAUCCAGGUCAUCCAGGACUGCAGCCAUCUCUACCACUACACUGUCAAGCUCAUGUUCAAGCUGCACUCCUGUCUCCCCGCAGACACCCUGCAAGGCCACAGGGACCGGUUCCACGAGCAGUUUCACAGCCUCAGAAACUUCUUCCGCAGAGCUUCUGACAUGCUCUACUUCAAGCGGCUCAUCCAGAUCCCCCGGCUGCCCGAGGGACCCCCCAAUUUCCUGCGGGCUUCGGCGCUGGCCGAGCACAUCAAGCCCGUGGUGGUGAUCCCCGAGGAGGCCCCCGAGGAUGAGGAACCCGAGAACCUCAUUGAGAUCAGCACAGGGCCCCCCGCGGGGGAGCCAGCGGUGGUGGCUGACCUCUUCGAGCAGACGUUUGGACCCCCCAAUGGCUCUAUGAAGGACGACAGGGACCUCCAGAUCGAGAGCUUGAAGAGGGAAGUGGAGACCCUCCGUGCAGAGCUGGACAAGAUCAAGCUGGAGGCCCAGCGGUACAUCUCGCAGCUGAAGGGCCAGGUGAACGCACUGGAGGCAGAGCUGGAGGAGCAGCGGAAGCAGAAGCAGAAGGCCCUGGUGGACAACGAGCAGCUCCGCCACGAGCUGUCCCAGCUGCGCGCUGCCCAGCUGGAGGGCGAGCGGAACCAGGGCCUACGCGAGGAGGCCGAGAAGAAGGCCAGUGCCACGGAGGCACGCUACAACAAGCUGAAGGAAAAGCACAGUGAGCUCAUCAACACACACGCCGAGCUUCUCAGAAAGAACGCAGACACCGCCAAGCAGCUGACUGUGACGCAGCAGAGCCAGGAGGAGGUGGCACGGGUGAAGGAGCAGCUGGCCUUCCAGGUGGAGCAGGUGAAACGGGAGUCGGAGAUGAAGCUGGAGGAGCAGAGUGACCAGCUGGAGAAGCUCAAGAGGGAGCUGGAGGCCAAGGCAGCAGAGCUGGUGCGCGUGCAGGAGGCCCUGAGCCGCACAGAGCAGAGCGGGUCGGAGCUGAGCUCGAGACUGGACACCCUGAGCGUGGAGAAGGAUGCACUGAGCAGCACUGUGCGGCAGCGGGAGGCUGACCUGCUGGCAGCCCAGAGCCUGGUUCGGGAGAAGGAGGCGGCGCUGAGCCAGGAGCAGCAGCGCAGCUCCCAGGAGAGGAAUGAACUGCAGGGGCGGCUGGCGGACAAGGAGUUUCAGGAGCAGAGGCUGCAGCAGAGACUCCUAGAUGAGCAGUUUGCAAUGCUCCGGGGCACUGCUGCUGAGGCCGAGCGCAUCCUGCAGGACGCCAUGGGCAAGCUGGACGACCCCCUGCACCUGCGCUGCACCAGCUCCCCGGAUUACCUGGUGAGCAGGGCCCAGGCAGCCCUGGACUCCAUGAGUGCCCUGGAGAAGGGCCAUGCUCAGUACCUGACCUCCAGGGCAGAUGCCUCUGCCCUGGUGGCAGCCCUGACCCGGUUCUCCCACCUGGCUGCAGACACCAUCGUCCAUGGCGGUGCCACCUCCCACCUGGCCCCCACUGACCCUGCUGACCGCCUGAUUGACACCUGCAAGGAGUGUGGGGCCCGGGCUCUGGAGCUCGUGGGCCAGCUGCAGGAUCAGCAGGCUCUGUUGCAGGCCCAGCCCAGCCGGGUGCGGACCCCUCUGCAGGGCAUCCUUCAGCUGGGCCAGGAGCUGAAGCCUAAGAGCUUGGAUGUGCGUCAGGAGGAGCUUGGGGCUAUGGUGGACAAGGAGAUGGCGGCCACGUCUGCGGCUAUCGAAGAUGCCGUUCGGAGGAUAGAGGACAUGAUGAACCAGGCCCGCCAUGCCAGCUCUGGGGUGAAGCUGGAGGUGAAUGAGAGGAUCCUCAAUUCCUGCACAGACUUGAUGAAGGCCAUCCGGCUCCUGGUAACAACGUCCACCAGCCUGCAGAAGGAGAUUGUGGAGAGCGGCAGGGGGGCAGCCACACAGCAGGAAUUUUAUGCCAAGAACUCAAGGUGGACGGAAGGUCUCAUCUCUGCCUCCAAGGCCGUGGGCUGGGGAGCCACGCAGCUGGUGGAGUCAGCCGACAAGGUGGUGCUUCACACGGGCAAGUACGAGGAGCUCAUCGUCUGCUCCCACGAGAUCGCAGCCAGCACAGCCCAGCUGGUGGCGGCCUCCAAGGUGAAGGCCGACAAGCACAGCCCCCACCUGAGUCGCCUGCAGGAGUGCUCACGCACCGUCAACGAGAUGGCUGCCAACGUGGUGGCCUCCACCAAGUCAGGCCAGGAACAGAUUGAGGACAGAGACACCAUGGACUUUUCUGGCCUCUCCCUCAUCAAGCUGAAGAAGCAGGAGAUGGAGACCCAGGUGCGGGUCCUGGAGCUGGAGAAAACCCUGGAGGUGGAGCGGGUGCGGCUGGGAGAGCUGCGGAAGCAGCAUUACAUGCUGGCCGGGGCCGUGGGGACGCCCAGUGAAGAGGAGCCCAGCCGGCCCAGCGCCGCCCCCCACAGUGGGACCUCCAAGAAGCCACCCCUGGCCCAGAAGCCCAGCGUGACCCCCAGACAGGACCACCAGCUCGACAAAAAAGAUGGCAUCUACUCUGCUCAACUCGUGAACUACUAGGCCCCCAAGGGGUCGAGCGAGGAGGCUGACAGGCAGGCCUGGGCCUUGUGGCUGAGGAGCCUCUGAGAGGCCCAGCCCCCUGCCUCACAGCCUGGAUCAGUGUCCUGGAGCUGCCCAGCCCCCGCUGAGCCCAAGGGUUCAGGGCAGACUGGAGCAGUUCCAGACAAGAGCCUAUUUAUCUGCAGCAGAACUUGUGAGAGCAGCCAGGACCCAGCAGGCCUGAGCCACGGCUCUUUGGGAAAUACACAGCGGUUUUAAUAUUUUGAGUUAGAUCUUUUAUGAGUUCGUGUUCAGCACACUGGAAAGCAGGGCCCUUGGCUGGGGGUUUGGGCAGCGUCUCCCCUACCCUUUGAAUAUGAGCAGAAAGAAGAUGGUCUAUGCUGACUGUUGGGACAAGGGUAAGACAUCCCCUGUCCAUGGCCUUCUUGGGGCACAGGUUCCAUGGAGACAGGACCUGGUGUGGCUUCAGGCAAAAGCAGGAUGCUCUCGGGUAGGCUGGUGCAUUGCCCCUUGCUCCUUACUUUAGGGCAUCAGUGAUGUGAAUGCCAAGGGCGAUGAGACCCUUGUCUAGGAAGAGGCGGGCCAGGCACUGCUGCUGAGCCCCAAGUCUGUCCGGGACAGUGCUGCCGUCCUGGAGCCCCUGUUCCUGCCAGAAUCUGUGGUGACCCUCCUGCUCCGUUUUUCUUUCUGAUCCAGCUGCCCCUCUCCAUGCCCACCUCCCUCGCCCCUCACCUCCUCCAUCCUUACCUGCCCUGGGUGCUUUCCAGCCCUCCUUAAGGCCUGUCCAGCUCAGCCAGAAAAAGCCCAGACCCUAGGAGCCACCUGCUUGCUGUGCAGAUCCCAGGCACCCUGUGCUCUGCACGGAGAGGCCUCCGCUUGGCCAGGCCCCCCCAGAGGGAGGAAGGCUUGGACGAACAAACGUCCUCCCCAUGAGUGCCUCCAUCAUGGGAAGGGAAGGGAAAAGCUCGGUCUGGAGAUGAGCACAAGGAGUCAGCUCUGGUUUGCAUUUAGUGUUUCCUUGUGUGGAAAUGUCAGAUUGGCAAUAAAACGCACUUUGACUGUU